AUGGAACUUCACUCAUUAUGGAACUCGACACGGGCGCAAGUGUCUGUGGUGUCGGAAGAGACCUUUCGCCGCACAUUCCCGUCAUGUCGUCUGGAACGGUCAAGCGUCAUGCUGAAAGGUUACACCGGUGAGCUGUCCCCGGUGCAAGGUAGCCUGCCUGCCACUGUACGACUAGGAAACCAUGAGUGCCGGGACGUGUUGUACGUCGUCCCAGGACACUGCCCGUCCCUGAUGGGACGUGACUGGAUGAAAGGCCUCGGAAUUGAACUGCGCAAUGUGAUGGACGUUAAGGCUGUCACGUCGGUUGAGGGACUCGUCGCUGAGUAUGCGAGCGUUUUCGACGACGCCUUGGGAGCAUUCAAGGGAGUGUCCGCGAAAAUAAUAAUCGAAGACAACGUGAAGCCGAGGUUCUUCAAGGCUCGUCCUGUUCCCUUCGCAAUGAUCGACCGCGUCAACGAGGAACUGAUGCGCAUGGAACGAGUUGGAGUGAUGCGUCCAAUUAAGACUUCGGAAUGGGCUGCGCCUAUCGUGCCUAUCCUGAAGCGAAUUGGCCAGAUUCGGAUAUGUGGCGACUUCAAGGUCACUCUUAAUCCCGUGACAGUGCCUGAAAAGUACCCGAUACCACGCGUUGAAGACAUGUUUAGCCGUCUUAGUGGUGGCGAGAAGUUCAGCAAGUUGAACUUGAAGGAUGCGUAUUUGCAAGUUCAACUGGACGAGGCAUCCCGCAAGCUGGUGACAAUCAACACACCAAAAGGGCUCGGGAGAUGGGAAAACUUGCUACAAGGGCUCACACACGUUGUGGUGUAUUUCGACGACGUUCUUGUGGCUGGACGCGACGACCAGGACCAUCUAACAAACCUGGGCCUAGUCCUAAGCCGACUGAAGCAAGCUGGGCUUAAAUUGAAGCUUGAUAAGUGUACCUUCCUGGAACGGCAAGUUCAAUACCUGGGCCACGUGGUCACGGCUGCGGGGUUUCAACCCAACCCUGAAAAGGUAGAGGCUGUGCUGAAGGCCCCUAGACCCAAAGAUGUCAAGGCAUUGCAGAGUUACCUAGGCCUAGUCAACUUUUACCGCACGUUUCUGCCGGGGCUGUCUAGUGUGUUGCAUCCCUUGAACGAGCUGCUUGUGGCCAAGGUGCCUUGGGAGUGGCGUGAGGAUCACGAACGUGCUUUCCAAAGGAGCAAGGAGCUACUUGUUUCAGCAGCAGUGCUGGCGCAUUAUGACCCCAAGAAACCCGUGGUUCUCGUAUGCGAUGCGUCACCGUACGGCGUUGGCGCCGUUCUGGCCUAUAGGGAAGACUCGGGGGCUGAACGACCAAUCGCAUUUGCAUCACGAAGUCUCGCGACAGCCGAGCGGAACUACAGUCAUCUCGACAAGCAGGCUCUUGCGCUCAUGUUUGGCGUAACCAAGUUCCGAAAAUGCGUCUGGGGACGCGAGUUCGAGGCUAUUACGGACCAUAAACCAUUACUGGGCUUGCUGGCUCCGGACAAGCGCGUGCCUGAGAUGCGUUCACCGCGUAUCAUGCGUUGGGCGCUGAUGUUUGGAGCAUAUAACUACAAGCUCAUGUACCGGCCGGGAGCAAGCAUUGCCAACGCGGAUGGUUUGAGUCGCCUACCCCUACCAGUGUACGCUCAACCUGUGGAGAGGCCAGCGGAAGUUUUCAUGCUGGAGGCUGCUUAUCCUCAGGUACUGUGGUCGACUGUAGUCGUGGAAGCUACGUCCAAGGACUCAACCUUAGCGAAGCUAAGAGAUGCCUUAUGGUCUGGAGCUGAGCUACGUGACCCCGAGUUCAGGUUCUACACAGAUCGAAAACUUCAGUUGAGCGUGCAAGAAGACUGUAUACUUCUCGGAUCGCGGGUGAUCAUCUCAAGUGCAUUGCAGCAAGAAGUGUUGCGACUCCUUCAUGAGGGGCACCCUGGAAUGACCAAGAUGAAGGCUAUCGCCAGGAGUCACGUCUGGUGGACCUGGUUGGAAGAGGACGUUACUGCUGCGGUUCGCCAGUGUCAGGUCUCCCAAGAACACCAGAGGGUUGCGCGGCCAGUAGCGAUGAUGCCAUGGCCGUUUCCGGACAGACCAUGGUCUCGCCUUCAUAUUGACUUCGCUGCACCUUUGAAGAACAGCUACUUGCUGGUCGUUAUCGAUGCAUUUUCAAAGUGGAUAGAGGCCGUGCCUAUAUCUACACCAUCGGCAGAGGCAACUAUCUCAUGCCUGAGGGUUAUGUUUGCCACUCACGGAUUGCCAGAUGUAGUGGUGUCCGACAACGGACCAGCGUUCGAUUACUCCCCACGAAACUACCGGGUGCUCACCAGCGGAGCUGAUCAUGGGCCGAUCGGCCCACUUUUCAAGGUGACACCACCACCCCCGCUGACACUUGUGCGCCUGUAA